UAUUAUAUCACUAAACGAUGUAAUGAUACACUUCAUUUGCUUGAAUUAUUCGACCGGUUCACAGCUAGAAGUAGAACAACACAGAUCCUAACCUAGAUUAAAUUUAAUUGUUGUUCCUUGGUCACAUUCAAGAGGUCAUAAACAAUGUCUUAUCGAGUCUUUGAGAGCGCUGAUAUUGCCAAAGACUACGCCCUCUAUCGUCCAUCUGUUCCUGAUGAUGUGGUUGAUGCUAUCAUUAAAAAAAUUCAAUUUAAGAAAUCAGAUUAUGAUUCCUUAGCGGUCGACAUCGCCUGUGGGUCAGGCCAGUUUACGCAGAGCAUUGCCCGACAUUUCGACCGCAUCAUCGGGUUUGAUAUCAGCAAAGCCCAGAUCGAUGAAGCAAAGAGUCAGAACCAGAGAGGAAACGUGGAAUAUAGAAUUUCAUCAGCUGAAAAGAUUCCACUGGAAUCCAACACGGUAGAUCUUGUAACUGUUUCCCAAGCUGCUCAUUGGUUGGACUUCCCUGCCUUCUGCGAUGAAGCUGACCGUGUUCUACGACCAGGGGGAUACAUCGUGGUCGUAUCUUCGAUACGGAAAACGUUGCACCACGAUGAUCCCAUUUUGGAGGCUAAGAUCAACGAUUGCAAUGAUAGAUACAUGAGUGUUCUGAAUGCAUACCGGCUGAUCAGUCUGGAGAAGCUUCACACAUUCUAUGGAAACCUCAAAUAUCCUUACCCUGAAACAAUAAGGGAUACAAUCGGAAAAAACGUCCAAAUGUCACCUGCUGAUUACCUUAAUCUUACUAAGACGAUGAGUUACUCGCUCAAAUAUAGAGAAAGUAAUCCACAUGACACAUUUUUCCAAGAAUUUGAGAAAAGCCUGGUUGAGAUCUUGAAAAAUGAAGGAGAAAAUGAUGGCCGAUUCCGUCUUACUUUCUGGUAUGAUAUGUUCAUCGGUCAAAAAGGAUUACAAGUAUAAUCUUCGAAGUAGGGUUUAUCCUGACAUCAGUAUUUGUUAAGAUUGUUAUUUUUGGUUAGGCUCAAUAUACCUUAAAUAUCUAUAAUUCUACGGAAAGAAUGAACCCAAUAUGUGUGAUUCUAAAUAAAGUAGCCCGUUAUUAUCCCUAAAAUCUCUUUGUAGCUUUUGUCACAAUGUUUGGAUAAUACAGAUUAAGGUCUUAUAAAUCUAAAGAUAUAUAUUCCUCUAGGCUUAAAAUCGCCAUGGGACUUGAUUACCAGUAUGAAUAAUGUUUGAUGGUUAUCUAUGCCACUGCAGGUUUCUCCUACCAUUCCCUGUUUUUCAUACAAUUAUGUUGACAAGGCAAAAGCGAUUUUGUGUCUCGCCCACUUAUGAAAAUAACCAGAAAUAUCGUGAUUUGCAAGGGCACCCCACGCAACAUAAUUGUAUCGAACUUCAUUGUGAAAUGAUAGGGAUGGAAUAACACUUGUCAUAAGA